GAGGAGGACAUGGCCACCAAGGAGAAGCUGCAGUGUCUGAAAGACUUUCACAAAGACAUCCUGAAGCCAUCCCCAGGGAAGAGUCCAGGCACGCGGCCCGAAGAUGAGGCCGAGGGGAAGCCCCCUCAGAGGGAGAAGUGGUCCAGCAAGAUCGACUUUGUGCUCUCCGUGGCUGGUGGCUUUGUCGGCUUGGGCAAUGUCUGGCGUUUCCCGUACCUCUGCUACAAAAAUGGUGGAGGUGCAUUUCUCAUACCGUAUUUUAUUUUCCUGUUUGGCGGCGGCCUGCCUGUGUUUUUCCUAGAGGUAAUCAUAGGCCAGUACACCUCUGAAGGGGGAAUCACCUGCUGGGAAAAGAUCUGCCCCUUGUUCUCUGGCAUCGGCUAUGCCUCCAUCGUGAUUGUGUCCCUCCUGAACAUAUACUACGUCAUCAUCCUGGCCUGGGCCACAUACUACCUGUUCCAGUCCUUCCAGUCAGAGCUGCCCUGGGCACACUGCAACCACAGCUGGAACACACCCCAGUGUAUGGAAGACACUAUGCGCAGGAACAAGAGCCUGUGGACCACCCUCAGCGCCAACAACUUCACCUCGCCUGUCACCGAGUUCUGGGAGCGCAACGUGCUGAGCUUGUCUUCUGGAAUCGACGACCCUGGCUCCUUGAAGUGGGACCUUGCUCUCUGCCUUCUCCUUGUCUGGCUGGUCUGCUUCUUCUGCAUCUGGAAGGGCGUCAAGUCCACGGGGAAAGUCGUCUACUUCACGGCCACUUUCCCGUUCGCUAUGCUCCUGGUGCUGCUGGUCCGUGGACUGACGCUGCCCGGUGCAGGCGCAGGCAUCAAGUUCUAUCUGUACCCCGACAUCAGCCGCCUCGAGGACCCGCAGGUGUGGAUUGAUGCUGGGACCCAAAUAUUCUUCUCCUACGCCAUCUGCCUGGGGGCCAUGACCUCUCUGGGGAGCUACAACAAGUACAAGUACAACUCGUACAGGGACUGUAUGCUGCUGGGAUGCCUGAACAGUGGUACCAGUUUUGUGUCUGGCUUCGCAAUUUUUUCCAUCCUGGGCUUCAUGGCACAAGAGCAAGGGGUGGACAUUGCUGAUGUGGCUGAGUCAGGUCCUGGCCUGGCCUUCAUUGCCUACCCAAAAGCCGUGACCAUGAUGCCGCUGCCCACGUUUUGGUCCAUUCUCUUUUUUAUUAUGCUUCUCUUGCUUGGACUGGAUAGCCAGUUUGUUGAAGUCGAAGGACAGGUCACGUCCUUGGUCGAUCUUUACCCAUCCUUCCUAAGGAAGGGUUUCCGUCGGGAAAUCUUCAUCGCCUUCGUGUGCAGCAUCAGCUACUUGCUGGGGCUGGCGAUGGUGACGGAGGGUGGCAUGUAUGUGUUCCAACUCUUUGACUACUAUGCAGCUAGUGGUGUAUGCCUUUUGUGGGUUGCAUUCUUUGAAUGUUUUGUUAUUGCCUGGAUAUAUGGCAGCGAUAACCUUUAUGACGGUAUUGAGGACAUGAUUGGCUAUCGGCCUGGGCCCUGGAUGAAGUACAGCUGGGCCGUGGUCACUCCAGUUCUCUGUGUUGGAUGUUUUAUCUUCUCUCUCGUCAAGUACAUCCCCCUGACCUACAACAAAGUCUAUGUGUACCCCACCUGGGCCAUCGGGCUGGGCUGGAGUCUGGCCCUGUCCUCCAUGAUGUGUGUCCCCUUGGUCAUGGUCAUCCGCCUCUGCCAGACGGAAGGGCCGUUCCUCGUGAGACUCAAGUACCUGCUGACCCCAAGGGAACCCAACCGCUGGGCCGUGGAGCGCGAGGGGGCUACGCCCUACAGCUCCCGCCUGGCUGUGAACGGCGCUCUCAUGAAACCGACCCACAUCAUAGUAGAGACCAUGAUGUGAGCUCUCGGGCAGACGGGCUGCUUCCCUGCUGUUUACUAACAUUAGAUUCUCAUAGGACCAGGUUUACAGAGCUUUCUAUUUGCACUAGG